CUGCGCUCGCGAUCCUCUUCUUCCCCUUCCCCAAGUUGUACUCGAAUCAAAGUCUGUAAUCGCCAUAGGUCGAAGAGGAAGAACCAGCGAGUGCCCCACAGACGGAGAAGAAAUGUCUCGCUUACUCCUGCGCCGCUUCCUCUGCUCCUCUUCCUCCACCACUCCCGCCGCUGGCGCAGGUUUCAUCCGCGAGCUCGCCAACCUCCUCGCCGCUGGCCGCUUCCACGCCUCCGUCGGCCUGGCGAAAUCACUCCUCCUCUCCUCCCGGCCACCAGCCACCUCCGUCCCCGACCUCUAUCACGCCCUUGUCUCCACCGCUGCCGCCUCCCAAGUCGACCCGCAUCCCCCAUCCUUCCUCUCCGACGCCGCCUCCGCGCUCGUCGUUGCCUCCGCGCGGCUUGGCCUCCCCGACGGCGCACUCAGGCUACUUUCCCUCCUCGCCGACGCCCGCGCAACUCUGCCGUCUCUAUCCUCCUGCAACCUCCUCCUCGAGUCCCUCCUCUCCCUCGGCCGCCACGCCGACGUGCGCCGGGCGUUCGACCUCCUAAAUGCCGCCGGGGCACGCCCCGACACCUUCACAUGGAACAAGGCCAUCCAGGCGUGCGUCGUGGCAGGUGAUGUCGACGAGGCUGUCCGGAUGCUUCGUCGGAUGGAUUGUGAAGGCCACGGCGCCCCACCGCCCAACGCGUUCUCAUACAAUGUGGUCAUCGCUGGACUGUGGAGAGCAGGAAGGGGUAGUGACGCUGUCAAGGUGUUUGAUGAAAUGGGAAAGAGGGCUGUGUUGCCAAGUCAUAUCACGUACAAUACGAUGAUCGAUGGACACAUCAAGAUAGGGGACUUGGAGGCUGGUUUUAGGCUGCGGGAUCAGAUGUUGCAUCAUGGCCUGAAGCCGAAUAUGAUCACUUACAAUGUGCUGCUGUCAGGGCUGUGCCGUGCUGGAAGGAUAGGCGAGACGACCGCGGUGUUGCAUGAAAUGAUGUCACGAAAGAUGGUGCCGGACUGUUUCACAUAUAGCAUUCUGUUCGAUGGUUAUUCCAGAGUUGGAGACUCACAGGCAAUGCUUUCCUUGUUUGAGGAGUCUGUGAAGAAGGGUGUGAAGAUUGGGGCUUACACUUGUAGUAUUUUGCUGAAUGGUCUUUGCAACGAUGGCAAAAUUUCAAAGGCAGAAGAGGUACUGCAGACGUUUGUAAAUGCAGGACAACUCCCAACAAGGGUUAUCUACAACACUCUUAUCAAUGGGUAUUGUCAGAUUGGAGAGCUUGAAGGGGCCUUCUCAACCUUUCAGCGGAUGAAAUCAUGCCUUCUUAGUCCAGAUCACAUCACCUAUAAUGCACUAAUAAACGGUUUGGGUAAGGCUGGAAGGAUCACAGAAGCACAUGCUUUGGUCACAGAGAUGGAGAAGAAUGGAGUGAGUCCUAGUGUGGAAACUUUCAAUACGCUUAUUGAUGCUUAUGGAAGGGAUGGGCAGCUUGAAAAAUGUUUUGUUCUACUUUCUGAUAUGCGAGAGAAGGGGCUAAAGCCAAAUGUUGUCUCCUAUGGUUCAAUUGUCAAUGCCUUUUGCAAGAAUGGAAAAAUCCCGGAAGCAGUAGCUAUUUUGGAUGAUAUGUUCCAUAAAGAUGUUUUACCAGGUGCACAGGUGUACAAUGCGAUCAUAGAUGCAUAUAUAGACUGUGAUGCCACUGAACAGGCUUUUACUCUAGCUGAAAAGAUGAAGACUAGUGGGGUACCUCCAAGUAUAGUUACAUGCAAUUUGCUGAUAAAAGGCCUUUGCAAGCAGUCUCGGAUAUCUGAAGCAGAGGAACUAAUUCACAGCUUAAGAAAUCAUGGAUUAACUCCUGACGUUGUCAGCUAUAAUACUCUAAUAUCAGCAUGCUGCUACAGGAGCAACACUGAUAGUGCUUUGGAGCUUCAGAAAGAAAUGUGCAAGUGUGGCAUCAAACCUUCAUCGAGAACAUAUCGUAUUCUUCUGAGUGCAUUGGGUGGUGCAAGAAGAAUACAUGAGAUGGAAAAUCUGUAUAAAGAAAUGUUGGACAAGGAUGUUGUUCCUUGCAGUCGCAUUUAUGAUAUCAUGGUUGAGGCCUAUGUGAAAUGUGGGGAUGAAUCUAAGGUAGAAGCUCUGAGGAAGGAUUUCUCGGAAAAGGGGAUAUCAAUUGAUUAUGACACAUCCGUGACUUAGUGUGAGUUGAAUACAAGUAUAGCAAGUCCAAUUUCAAAACGUUGAAUUUGUUGCUCAGUAACCCAACUAUCAGAAGUAUUUCUUUUGUUUACCUAGUGAAUCUUCAGAAUGAAUAGCCAUUGACUACACAUACAACGUCAACAGGCUGUUGCUAUUUCUCCGACUGCGAAAUCAUUAGCUGCCUAUCCCAAGUCUCCUUUCCAACUGAGAACUCCGGAGAUUGUGCAUGCUCCGAAUGGGGAGGUAAAAUCACCACCAGAUGUAACCCCCAUCUCACUGAAUCUCAAAGAACUUGAGGCUGAGGAGAAGCCUCAAAAAUCACUUAACGAGAAGCAACAGGAAAGCCAAGACCUGCUAAUCAAGUGUGUAUCACAAGAUUUGGGAUUCCCAGUGGUAGGGCUAUUGCAGCUUGCAUUAUAUACAGGCGUCUUGUGCACUGGAGAUCAUUUGAAGUUGAAAGAAUUGGUGUUUUUGACCGUAUUAUUCAAACAAUAGGCUCUGCUAUAGAGGUCCAGGAAAAUAACGACAAGUUAGCGUAUUGGCUCUCCAAUUCAUCCACAUUACUCCUACUUCUACAACGGACACUGAAAACAACUGGAGCAGCUGGACUCACUCCUCAGAGGUGAAGGUCAACUGCUGCAUCGUUUGGGAGGUUUUUUUUCGGGAAUUCGUGCUUCACCACAAAGUGUUGUGCGACCUUUUCAUGGUAGCCGCUUGAUUGGAUGACUAGGUGAUCUUCGUCAAGUUGAAGCCAAGUAUCCUGCUCUGCUUUUCAAGCAACAGCUUACAGCUUUCCUUGAGGAAUGAUUAGAGACAAUCUGAAGAAAGAGAUAUCUCCAUUGCUUGGUCUUUGCAUCCAGGCACCAAGAACAUCUCGUGCAAGUUUGAUAAAAGGAUCUCGUUCUCAAGCAAAUGCCUUGGCCCAACAAACUCUGAUCGCACAUUGGCAGAGUAUUGUGAAAAUAUUAACAAACGACCUGAAUGUUUUGAAAGCCAAUUAUGUCCCUUCAUUUUUAACCAGCAAGGUGUUCACUCAGAUAUUUUCGUUUAUUAAUGUCCAGCUGUUCAAUAG